AUUACUAAUAUAGUAUUUCUAUUAUUGUCGAUGCCGUCGAUUGUACGAUCGUACGAAUCAAUUAAAUACGAAUAAAUUAAUAUAAUAAUUAAUAAUUUGUAAUAUUACUAUUAAGUUUUAAAUUGACUGACUUGAAUAGUUGUUCUGUAUUUAAAGAUUUAUUUUACAAAAUAUGUGGACAUAUUACAAUUAUUAUUUAUUAAUAUUCCGCAGGACUGCAAGAGUCCAACCUCUCUAACAAUUUCAAUACCAAAAUACUGAAUACAAUAUUUCUCUAUUUGUUAUUUAACAUUACUAAAUCAUUUAAUUGUGUUAUUUUAUUGUUCAAGUAGUUGAAGGAUUAUUACAACAGUACUACUACCAUAAAAUAAAUAAUCAUCAUAAACUGUGAUAUUUAAUUUUUAAGAACCAUAUUGUGUCCAUAUUUUGAAUUUUGAUCAUGACAGAAAUGCACGAUCCAGACUUACAAACUAAAUCAAGACGUGCCACUGGAAUUUUAUCAGAAAAUCUUCAUUUUGUUGCAAAUGAACCAUCCUUGGCGUUUUAUCGACUUCAAGAACAUGUACGGAAAUCUGUACCGCCUAUGAUAGAAAAACGAGUACAAGUUCAAAAACUUCAUAAGGAUUUACAAGGGCACUAUUAUGAUGUAGAAUAUGCAUUAGGAGCUAUUAAUUCUAUUAAGAACUGUGAAGAACCAUUGAAUAAUAUUCAAGAACAACUUAAGAAUGCUUUAUUCCUUAGUCAACAAAUCAAGUAUGAGCAUACUAGACGUGGAAAAUCUAAAAAAGAUUCCAUGUAUAAACGUCUAUCUGCUCACUUGACUACUACUCUAGACCUACCCGAAUUACCAGAAGCUAUCAGAGAUACAGCCAAUAAAGUGGAAUCUAUGGUGAACAGUGCACGACAUUCUAAUAUAUAUUAAUAUUAAUUAAGAAGAAUAUAAGACUGUUGUAUAGUAAUGAAAUGUUUAAUAUUUAAUAUUUGAAGUGCAUUUUAUAACUGAAGCAAUUAAAAACUUUCUACAAGUACUAAUAGUGCAAUACUAAACAAAUUUUAAUUUUUAUGAAUAUUUAUGAGACAUAUUUAUACCCUUAAACAUUUAUUUGAUUCAUCUUGUGUAUUCUAUGUGUAUUAAUUUAUUUUAUUGAAAAUAUUAAACAGUUCUAUAUGAACUUUUUAAAAAGUUCUAAUCAUAUUAUUAUUUAUGCAAAAACCAACAGUAUAGUAGAAUACAAAUGUGUUGACUGAAUUUACCCUUUAAAUUUCUAUUAUUUUAGAAACUUAUUUUAUUACGUAAUACAUUUGGUUUUAUUCUGUCUUAUUUAUUAAAAAAUUGUUGAGUUAUUUUGUUUUUAAAAUAAUUAGUAAGGUAUUGUAAAAACAUCUUUUAUUAUAAUUCUAGUCCAGUGUACCACAGUAGGAGUUAACCUUGUUGAUAAAACCUUUUGUUCAUGACUACAAUCAGAACUUGGGUUCAUUAAUUGAGUCUAGUUAUAAGUUUUAUUAAAUAUAAAUUGCAAAUCAUAAGCUUUGGUUUUAUUAUAUUAGUACACCUGUUUAUGUUUUAUUCAAAUGUUUAUUGUUGAACAUAGACAUUUAUAGAUAUUAAUGUCAUUAGUAAUGUUUUAUCAAUUUUUUUAAAAAAUAAACAAUUUUAUUUGAA